AUGGCUGGACCACCGACAGCGCCGCCUUCGCCUCGUUCGAGACAGAUCAAAUGCAUUGCCAUCUCCCUUCUCGCGUUAAUCGUUCUUAUUGGUCUUACAGUGCUCAUCGUUUGGCUAGUUAUAAGGCCAAAACGACUUGAAUACACCAUUGAAGAUGGUUCAGUUCAUGGCUAUGACAUGAAGUAUAACCACAUCAAUGCUUCAUUCAAUUUUAUGUUGAAAGCUUACAAUCCCAACCGCAAGGUCUCUGUUUAUUAUGAUUCAAUGCAGGUUACUCUGCUUUAUGAUGAUGCUCCCAUUGCGUUUGAUGUAGUGGAGCCAUUCUUCCAACCUCAUCGUAAUGUUACUCUUCUUGAAUUGAAGCCUGUGGCUCACACAGCACCAUUGCUGGUUUCUGCAGCUAAGGAUCUGAAUGUGGAAAGAAUGUCUGGAGAGAUGGAGUUAACAAUUAAGGUGAAGGCAAGGAUUCAUUUUAAGGUGGGUUCUUGGAAGUCCUCCAAACGCACCUUAUGGGCUACUUGCUCACAGGUUGAUGUGCAUUUUUCAUCUCCCAAGUCCUUCUCCAAGAUUAAAUGUGAUACAGAUACUUGA